AUGGUGAAAGAAUUAAUUCCCGACGACGACCUCCAGACACACGUAUCGUUCUAUCACUCUCAUGUACUCGUCGCAAAUCUGUAUUGCUCCGACAAGGAUGAAAAUGAACUUUGGCAUCGUGCAUGUUGGCUCUCGGGACUUGGCCUCACACGCCACCAGAAGCCGGAUGAGGUCUCGUGGAAGGCAAUCGCGUUUAACCUCAUACAGAAAGAUGGCUCGUGCACUAAUCGUGAAUGUGGCACGGAGUUGCUGAGGGCGAACGCGCGGCGCAUGGUGGCUGCCAUUGAGGAGAAACAACUCAUAGAGGAGGAGCAAGACCAAUUCUUCGAUGGAGAACAAUCCGUUGACGGAGAACAAUCCAUUGAAGAGGAACCUGCCUGCUAUCACACGCUGUAUUGCACGCCUGGUCCUAUUCACAACAGGACGUGUUCCUCUCUGAUGCCAACGACGAGUUUUUGGAACACCGGUGCCAUACAAUCGUUAGACUCGUACGCUUUGAAGUCGAAGAACACCCCAUUGCAUUGA